UCAUCCAUUUCCUUCAUGGCUCUUCUUUCAUCUGCAUCUUCCUCUUCUUCUUCCAAGAGAUGGAAAUACGAUGUAUUUCUCAGUUUCAGAGGCGAAGACACUCGCAAAAAAUUUACAGACCAUCUAUAUGCUGGUUUGAAACAAAAAGGCAUAUUCACUUUUAGGGAUGAUGAAAAACUCAAGCAGGGAACAUCUAUUGCCUCGGAGCUCUUGAAAGCAAUAGAAGAAUCGAGAUUUGCUAUCGUUAUUCUAUCAAGAGACUACGCUUCUUCAAAGUGGUGCUUGAUUGAACUAACAAAGAUCGUUGAAUGCAUGGAAAAGACAGGAUUGGUAGUUCUACCUGUUUUUCAUUAUGUAGAUCCUAGUGAUGUGCGAAAUCAUAGGGGGACUUUUGGAGAAGCCUUUGCCAAACAUGAAGAGAAUUUCAAGGAUAACAUAGAAAAUGUACAAACAUGGAAGGCUGCUCUGACUAAAGUUGCUAAUCUUGCUGGAUGGGAUUUAAAGGAUAAAUAUGAAUUUCUUUAGAAUAAUGCUAUAUAUUGUCAAAUUUUUUUCUUUUUCAGAAUUUAUUUACUACUCAUUACUUACCAUUU